GCCUGCCGCGAGCCCUCGGGCCGGCUCCACCCCUCCGUUGCGAGACCCGUGCGAGAGCGCGAGUGGAGGGCCCUUCCGCAGGAGGGGCGCGGGGCGUGGGGCGCGGGGCGUGGAGGGCGUGGGCCGGGGGGCGGGGCGAGCCCCGCAGCCUGGGUGCUCCGAGGGAGCUGUCAGUGUUAGGCUCGCGGAGAGAGAGGAAGUGCUGGGUCCCCGAGGAGCGCGAGCCAAGCGGCCGGCGCAGCGUGAGACAGCACAUCCUGCGCGCGCCGGACCCGCCGCCCUCGGGAGCCGCUCGAGCUUCGACCCCGCAGCCCCCUCCUCGGGAGCCGCCGCCGAGCUCGCUCCUGGAGCCCAGUUCCGCCUUCGCCGAGCGCGUCCAGGAAACCAACAUGUCUGACAAAAGUGACUUAAAAGCUGAGCUAGAACGCAAAAAACAGCGCUUAGCACAGAUAAGAGAAGAGAAGAAACGGAAAGAAGAAGAGAGGAAAAAGAAAGAGGCUGAUAUGCAGCAAAAGAAAGAACCUGUUCAGGACGACUCUGACCUGGAUCGCAAACGCAGAGAGACAGAGGCUCUUUUGCAAAGCAUUGGGAUAUCACCGGAGCCCCCUCUAGUCCCAACCCCUAUGUCUCCCUCCUCGAAAUCAGUGAGCACUCCUAGUGAAGCUGGAAGCCAAGACUCAGGAGACCUGGGACCACUAACAAGGACCCUGCAGUGGGACACAGACCCCUCAGUGCUCCAGCUGCAGUCAGACUCAGAACUUGGGCGAAGACUGCACAGGCUGGGUGUGUCAAAGGUUACCCAAGUGGAUUUCCUGCCCAGGGAAGUUGUGUCCUACUCCAAGGAGACCCAGACUCCCCUAGCUACACAUCAGUCUGAAGAGGAUGAGGAAGAUGAGGAAAUGGUAGAGCCUAAAGUUGGCCAUGAUUCAGAACUGGAAAACCAAGACCAAAAACAGGAGGUGAAGGAAGCCCCUCCACGAGAGCUGACAGAGGAAGAAAAACAGCAGAUCCUUCAUUCAGAGGAAUUCCUCAUAUUUUUUGAUCGGACAAUCCGGGUAAUUGAAAGAGCACUGGCAGAAGACUCCGACAUCUUCUUUGACUACAGCGGUCGAGAGUUAGAGGAAAAAGAUGGGGAUGUCCAGGCUGGAGCGAACCUUUCUUUCAAUCGUCAGUUCUACGACGAGCAUUGGUCCAAGCAUCGAGUGGUCACUUGUAUGGACUGGUCUCUCCAGUACCCCGAGCUGAUGGUUGCUUCCUACAACAACAACGAGGACGCUCCCCAUGAACCAGAUGGCGUGGCUUUGGUUUGGAACAUGAAGUUUAAGAAAACCACACCAGAAUACGUCUUCCACUGUCAGUCCUCUGUGAUGUCUGUGUGCUUCGCUCGUUUCCAUCCCAACUUGGUGGUUGGUGGGACUUACUCGGGCCAGAUUGUCCUGUGGGAUAAUCGCAGUCAUCGAAGGACACCAGUGCAGAGGACACCUUUGUCAGCUGCUGCACACACACAUCCCGUGUACUGUGUAAAUGUUGUGGGGACCCAGAAUGCUCAUAACCUCAUCACCGUCUCUACUGAUGGCAAAAUGUGCUCCUGGAGCCUGGACAUGCUCUCGACGCCGCAGGAGAGCAUGGAGCUGGUGUACAAUAAGUCCAAGCCUGUGGCUGUUACCGGAAUGGCUUUCCCGACGGGAGACGUCAAUAACUUCGUGGUUGGCAGUGAGGAGGGCACAGUCUACACGGCCUGUCGUCAUGGAAGCAAAGCGGGUAUUGGGGAGGUCUUCGAAGGUCAUCAGGGACCAGUGACUGGAAUUAACUGCCACAUGGCUGUGGGCCCCAUCGACUUUUCACACCUGUUUGUCACGUCGUCAUUUGACUGGACUGUCAAACUAUGGACCACAAAGCACAACAAGCCGCUCUACUCCUUUGAAGACAAUGCAGACUAUGUGUACGAUGUCAUGUGGUCCCCCGUGCAUCCCGCGCUCUUUGCCUGCGUGGACGGAAUGGGGCGCCUGGACCUCUGGAACCUCAACAAUGACACCGAGGUUCCAACAGCAAGUGUGGCCAUUGAGGGGGCUUCCGCCCUGAACCGGGUACGCUGGGCUCAAGGUGGCAAAGAAGUUGCUGUUGGAGACUCAGAAGGCCGUAUUUGGAUCUACGACGUUGGAGAGCUUGCAGUCCCCCACAAUGACGAAUGGACCCGCUUCGCCAGGACCCUCGUGGAGAUUCGCGCUAACAGAGCUGACAGUGAGGAGGAAGGCACCGUUGAGUUAUCUGCCUAGGUGGAAGCAAACCACCCCGACCCCAACCCCGACCUUCACCUUCUAGAACUCAGUGCUGCAGCCAUCGGUUCCACUUGUAUUCCGUGUCCAUUCAGUAUCAGUGUUGCGUGACAUUUUGGGUGUUCUGUCGUGCCGGCUUUGCUCCAAGUACUCCAAAUGUAUCCCACCCCGCUUUCCACUGAACUGCCAUUCACCAGAGCAUUUCUGUCUUUAUAUUUCUGCCUCAAAAAUGGGGGGGAAGGGUGUAGGCUUUACAGGUUUAGUUGUUGCCUUUUAACUACUUAGUAGCUGUAUUUAAUAGCUGGAAACCUCUGGUUAAAUUUGUUCUUACAUGCACUUCUGGCAUAGUCCUAUUAAAUCCAUAUGAAGCCAGAUAUGAUUAGGUGCAGAUGUGGUGUGCUUCAUGAUAUGGUACAGGGCCAAAGACUUGAGAUGUAGUGUUUUACAUGGUGACUCACGUUAUGGAUGGAUUUACUAGAAGAACAUUGCUGCUCCUUAUUUAUUGUGGUGUGCUGCAUGGAACAUAUUUAUUUGAAAGCAUUAAAAUAAACGAUCCUAGAGCAUGUACAUAAUGAGAGGACUGCAUUGUCUCUGUUGCUGCUGAGGUUACAUUACGUUCCAAAUAACAAUCACAGUAUGCCGGUUCCACUGAGGACAAGAAAUCUUUAGAGGUUUGUUGCAGUGAACGGAAUGCAUUUUAAUGCCCAUUAUUUCUAGGUACUUUAACAAUAUUUCAAAUAUAGUUGACCACUGAUACUUGUCAUUCAAGCUAACACAGUCCAACAAAAUUGUGGUUCCUGAAUAUGACACCACUAUUGCCAAUAAAUUGUUCCAAGCCAGGUCUGCCCCAGUGCGGAUAAAACCUUUGCAUGGGGAAUGCCUGAUUAGAAUUUUGCUUUGACAAGGGGGUAGGGGAGAUACGUUAAGGCCAUGUUAAAGAUUGAUAAUGAACUCAGAAGCAGCCAGCUGGCUGGACUUAAACCAAGACUCCGGUUUUAUUUUUACGAGGGAACGUGUGCGGUUUUUUGGAAAGCUUUCCUUUAUCUCCUUCACCAGAGCCACUCUCGCCCAAAGACAGUCUCAAAUGUUGGGAGUAAGGAAAACAGGUUAUGGUGUACAGAUACCAAAUGUUCUGCACAUUCUUUCAAGUUUUUAAAAAAUUUACACCAGCAAAAUUAUGUUUAUUGCUAUUGGACUAAGAAAUAUGUCUAUAAACAAUUUUAAUAGAAAAAUUUCCCAAAAAGUCAUUUCAUGCCUCGAGAGAAUUCAAAUAAAUAGUGGUUGAGUCAUGAAAAACAACUGAAGACAGACUUUCAGCUUUUCAGGAAGAGAAUCUCCAUGGUGCUCUGGUGGUAGGGACUCGAACCAUGAGAUUUCUUUUAAAAAUAAUGGCAUACUUUUGCUCUCAGUCCCCUAUGGUACAUAGAUACUGAAACUCUUUGAUGGCAGGAAUUAAAUUUUUAAAGAUAAAAUAUGAGGGUCUUAAAUAGGUUUAAAAGCAAUGCAAUAAAAGUACCGGGGGUAGGGGAGGG